CCACUGUUGUCAAAUUUAAGUAUAUGGUUUGAGAAUUAUACCAGAAUCGACACCACUAACCUCUGCUCCCCUUGCAUGAAGGCCGAAAUGGUGAAAAGUGCGGCCGUAAAACAUGAAUUAAAAAAAACUCCUUGCAAGAGCACCGCGGUAUGAUAUAUCGUUCUUUUUAAUCGCUCACUUGUCGAAUUUCUAUGGAGUUUGAUCGUUAGGCGCAAUAAAAUAUGUACUUAAAUAAAAUUGUGGUGCUUCUGCUACGGGGAAUGGAUCCUGCUUGGACUUGGUUCGCAAUGGCGGAAGGGGACAAUAUUUCAACAUUUAGUGUAGAUGGAGGGCAAGACACUGUGGGAUUACCGAGAAUAGUGAUGGUCACAGAAGGAUCUGACACGUCAGCAUCAUCGGCAUCUUCCACCUCAUCCUCGGAAGACAACUGGGCAGACCUCAUCAAAUCGGCGGAAAUACCUCCCGAGUACUGGCAUAUCCAAAAACUAGUAAAAUAUAUGAAGGCGGGUAAUCAGACAGCGACGAUGGUCGCAUUGUCUUGCCUCAAAGAUCACGAUUUGACUGUUGAAGUUAAUCAAAGAGCUAUCCAAGAGAUAGGGGGAUUGGAAUUGCUUGUGAAUUUAUUGGAGACAAGAGAUUUGUGUUGCAUUUUAGGGGGACUAGCUGUUCUGAAAGAUAUCACACCAAAUAUUGAAAUAAGAAAAAAGGUCACAGACUUAGGAGCUAUACCCCUACUGGUCGGAUUACUGUCAGACCCAGCAAGGGAUGUGCAGAUACUAUCUGCCGAAACAAUAGCCAAUUUGGGUAGAAUCCGUAAAAGCAGAAAGUUUUGCAGAAAAUUUGGCGGCAUUCCGAAGUUGAUUGAUCUUUUGGACAUAAAAGAGCGAUAUCUAGUAACUCCACGAGAAGAAUUGAACCUUGAUGAAAUACAGUUUUUGGAUAUUGCGCGUGCAGGCGCUAAAGCUUUGUGGUCCAUGUCGUCUUCUCAAAGAAAUCGUGAAGCUAUGAGAAAGUAUGGCAUGAUCCCUUUGAUAGCACGAAUACUUAAAACUAUCCAUUUAGACGUGGCAGUACCAGCAGUCGGUCUUUUGCAAAUGUGUGCAAACGAGACUUCAUUCCAAUUGGCGAUACAAACAGAAAAAAUGGUCACGGACCUCAUCACACAUCUGGCGAAUGAAGAUAAAGACUUGAAGACCUACUGUAGUUUGGCGAUAUAUAAAUGCGCCAGCGAUUCUAUUACUAGAGACAUGAUACGAGAAGCAGGUGGACUAGAGUUAUUGGUGGAAGCUGCACAGGACACCACAAACAGGGCCAAUAAACCUCUAAUGGCAGCUGUCACAGGAGCUCUUUGGAAGUGUGCCAAUAGUGAUGCAAGCGUGAAGAAACUGGAUAGUCUUGGCGCUGUUCCCAUACUAGUCAAACUUUUGGACGACGAAAAUGAUGGGGUCUUGACCAACGUAGCUGGAGCUCUGGCCGAAUGUGCAAAACAUCCACCAAAUCGAGACAAAAUCAGAUCCGCUGGUGGUAUCCCUAUGCUCAUCCAUCAUCUCAACAACACACAUAAACCUUUAUUGGAAAACGUUCCCUUGGUUUUAAUGGAAUGUGCCAAGGAACAAAGUUGCAUGCUAGAAAUUGACGAGCUGGACGGAGUGCGACUUGUUUGGUCAUUAUUAAAGAAUGAUUCGAAAAAGGUGCAGACGAACGCCGCUUUAGCCCUGAGCCCUUGUGUUCAAAAUGCCGCUGACUCUGGUGAAAUGGUCCGCUCAUUUGUCGGUGCAUUGGAAUUGACCGUGGAUUUGUUAGACUCAGAUGACCACAACGUCCUGUCGGCGGUGUGCGCCGCAAUCGCGACCAUUGCAAAAGAUCACGAGAAUUUGGCCGUGAUCUCAGACCACGGCGUUGUGGCUAAGCUUUCGAAACUCGUAAGCACUACUGAUGACCAUCUCCGUGCGAAUUUGGGAGUUGCGAUAGCUUAUUGUUGUGACUGGGCCCAAAACCGGCAAGAGUUUGGCAGGCGUGGUGCCAUCACACCUUUGGUGAACUACAUGACGUCACGAGACCCUGCUGUACAUAGAGCGACAGCCCUAGCUCUCUACCACCUUUCGUUCUACUCCAUUAAUUGCGUCACCAUGCAUGCUGCAGGGGUAGUGCAAUUCCUCCUAGAGACCAUUGGAUCAAAAGAUCCCAUACUGCAAGAGGCAUCAGCUGGUUGUUUGUGCAACAUAAGGAAGCUCGCCUUGGCCACAGAGAAAAUCAAACUGAAGCAAUAGAUUAAAUUAAUACUCAUAUUAAAUGGAACUUUUAUUUAUUGUUAAUUAAAUGAUAUGUUAUUAUCAAAAUAGGUAUGAAUAUUGAGCUUUCAAUGUUAUUGUGUAUUACCUGUCCAAAAUAAAAAUAAUGCUUAAAAACGGUUUUUUGCUCUCUUGGGUAAUCACCAUAAUAAUAAUCCAUUAAUUAAAAGAGCACGAUGGAAAAACUAAAAUCGCUUAGUUUUUUUUUACUUGUAUUAUGAAGACGCUUGUAAAUAGGUACUACCGUUGCGAAAACAGAGGCAAAACAUGCGAGCCUGUUUGCAUUGUUUGUUGACUUCAUAGAUUAGACAAACCGCUCUCUGCAAAUCUUAAAUAGUGUGAUUUAUUAAAUUGAAUUCUAAGGAUUCUAUCGACGUGCUAUCAGUAAAAAAAAAUAAAGUUAAUUUGUUAUUCGAAUUUUAAAAGGUUUAUACUUACAGGGGGAAAUUGGAUUAAAUUAUAAUUGUGUUUGUUCUGUUUUAAUAUAAUAACGUUGGUUAAUCAUGAAAUAGAAAAAAAACCUGCCAAGUGCGAGUCAGACUCGAGCACCGAGGGUUCUGUACAAACUCAAUUUAAUACCUCUACGCAUUCAUGAGAAAAGUAUUCCUGCGCUUUCCAAACAAAAAAAAUGCUGUGGUUUUUGAAACCACGCUGCAAGUAAAACUUUUAAAGGUACAUAUUCUUAGUUUGUUGAUCUUAUGUUACUCUUGCUUAAAAAGAGUGGACAAAAAACGGAUAUGUGUAGUUCACAUGCGAUAAAAGUGAAACCUUCAGAACUGUGACCACGUUUAAGUCCUUCAUGACUAGGAACGUCUUAAAGACAAAUGUGACCUGUGUUAAAAUUCAACUGUCUAGGUCAAAAUUAAAUAUUUUAUUUAUUUAUUUAUUUUUAUUUAUUUAUUUAUUCUUUAUUACCAAAA